UCUAUGGAGCUGACCGAAGCAAACUUCAGAAUCAUCACCCGGUUCAGAUGUCUCCUUCAGUUCACCCUGGCGACAGGCUUUUUAGUCAAUACCCGGGAUUUAUGUUUCGUGAACUCAGACGCGAAUACUUGCUUCAGAGACUCUGGUGGACCCCUCGUCUGUAACGGCCGUCUGGCGGGCAUCCUCAGUUGGCCCAACUUCCUCUGCGCCAACGCGCGACCCACUACGGCCUCUCGGGUCUCUUUCUACACCGACUGGAUCACCAGCAGGCUGUAGUUAUUACGACACCAGAGGACGUCUGUAAGCCAGACGUACGUUUUGUUUCUCAAGUUAUAAACUUUCUGGAAAGUUCUUAAAGAGUUUUCGAAGCUCGUAAAAAAGAACAACGGUAAAUGAAACUUGUUUUAUACUGCUUUGCGCCCGGAGCGUACAUUUAUGGAGUUGCAAUGACACAAAUUGCUUUAGCUGGAACCUAAAGCUCCUCUACAAAGAAGGCGUCUGUGGAAAAAAAUGCAUAUUGUUAAUAUUCCUAUGUUUUAUAGCCUUUAAUAAAUAGCAAGCAAUCAGAAAACCCAA